AGCUGGUACACAAGAAAGGCUUGGCUAGCUGGAUGCAAACAGGUAAAUGCUGUCUUUUGUUUCCCAUGCUUGCUCUUCAAACAGCCGGGGACAGAUACAAUGUGCCCGUGGACUGUGAUAGGAGUAAACGAUAUGAAGCAUUUGUCCAACAAAAUUAAAAAGCACGAGUGCACUAAGGCACACAUGACAAACACCUUUAAGCUAGCCAUGCUAGGCAAAGCUAACAUAGCCGCACAGCUAGAUCAAGGGUACAAGAUCUCGGUGAAAAAGCACAAUGAAGAAGUGGACAAGAAUAGGCACGUCUUGUCUAAAAUAAUUGAUUGUGUGAAAUUUUGUGGGGGCUUUGACCUGGCUUUGCGUGGCCACGACGAGGCUGACACAUCCGACAACCCCGGCGUUUUUCUGGGUUUAGUUAAUCUACUGGCCUCGUUAGAUAGCGUGUUGGAGGAUCACCUUAAAACGGCUACGGUUUUCAAAGGCACCUCAAAGACGGUGCAAAAUGAACUUUUGGACUGCAUGUUAUCAGUUUGUAAAGACUACAUUCUGGAGGAAGUAAAAAAUGCCAGUUAUUUAGCUAUUCAGGCGGAUGAGACAACUGACAUUUCCACCCACUGCCAGUUAGUGCUUGUGCUACGCUACAUCGACCCGCAUAACAACGUCCAGGAGCGUUUUUUUGAGUUCAUUCCUCUUCAGAAUGCGAAUGCUGACACAGUUGCCACCGCGCUGAUGGAGAGGCUGGGCACUAUCCUCCCCGAUGGACAACAGGGCAAACUAAUCGCCCAAGCCUAUGACGGUGCAGCGGUGAUGAGGGGAGCUAAAGGUGGAGUUCAGCGGAAAGUGAAGGAUGUGUACAGUAGUGCGCACUACAUCCACUGCUAUGCGCAUCAGCUGAACCUAAUUAUGCAGCAGGCAACAUCCCACAUCCCCAAGAUAAGAACAUUUUUUUCAGACCUUGGUGGAUUUGCUGCAUUUUUCUCCAGGUCAUUCAAGCGAACUGCGAUCCUGGAUCAAGUGGUGGCACACAGACUUCCUGGCACUUCCACAACAAGAUGGAACUUUCACAGUCGUGCUGUUAACACUGUAUAUGAGCACAAGGAGAACAUCCUGAGGUGUUUCCAGACGAUCAGAGACUCAGGUGACUUUGAUCCCAUAACAGUGAGAGAAGCCGGGGGCUUUGUGCGAAUGAUGGAAGAUGAAGUUUUUUGCUUUUUCCUGACAUUGUUCCACAAGAUCAUGCCACAUGUAGACAUGCUGUUUAGCCAACUGCAGAAGAGGAACAUCGACUCUGUCUACAUCACAGGACUCAUCAAGAGGUUCACCAGCAGCAUACAAACAAUCAGGGACUCCAUUCCUUCUGGUGAAAGCAGUGGAUCUCAGCAGCUGCCCACAAAGAAACGGAGGGGACUUGGACAUGAAGAGCAACAGCUGUUGGCUAGAGAGGUAUGUGAUACCAUACUGAGUCACGCAAAGGAGAGAUUUUCCUUCACCAAACACCUCAUCAGCUCCACCCUCCUGCAAGGAGACCUGUUCCAGCAGCACAGCCGAACAUUCCCUGAAGCAGCGCUGGAAACAACUGUGGAGGCCUACCCUCUACUGGACAAGGCAAAGCUCAAGACGGAACUGUCCCUCGUCUAUGACAAUGACCAGUUCAGGGCUUGCAGUGGUGCUGUUACUCUGCUCCAGUUCUUCCUUGACAAUAAUCUGCAGGAGACAUUUACAGAGACUGUCAGUCUUCUGAAGGUUCUUGUAACCACACCCAUGGCUACGGCUGAGGCAGAGAGGUGCUUUUCCACUCUGAAAAGGAUAAAGACUUUCUUGAGGAACAGCAUGACACAGGAUCGCCUGAAUGCUCUGGCUAUGCUGUCAAUUGAGAAAAAACUCAUUAGGAGCAUUCCUGACUUCAACACCAGAGUCAUUGAGAGGUUUGCCACUCAGAAGGAGAGAAGGGCAAAAUUCCUCUACAAAUAGACACACACACACACACACACACACACACACACACACACACACAAGCUCUCGCAGCAAACACAGAUGGCCGACCCUUAAAAAAAUGCGUUUCAUUAGAGAGACAAUUAAUGUUAAUGCAUAAUUAAUGCAGAAUGUUGUGAAGUUACUUUUGGAUACCUAAGAUGUUUUGUUCAACCACAAAGUCCAGGAACAUGAGUACUGUUUGGAAACCUGUUGCGUUCGACUCAUUUUCCCCAGAGGAACAGUUGUUUCUUGUUUCCUUUUGUCUUUUUUCUGCCUGUUGCACAUUUUGUUAUUCAAAGCAGUAAAAAAGGUGCUAUAGGCCAAUAAGCUGGAUAUCACUUUAUAUGUAGAGAGUAGGUUUCCCAUGGUUGUUAGAAGUUUAUUAAUAAGUGGGCAUUUAUC